AUGGGGUGCAGGAUCAGGGUGGUUUCAGGGGUCAAGAAGCCAUCGACCUCGCCGGAAAAUUGCUCUUCCCUCCUCCCGGAUGCCUCGGGCGCUGCUACGCCAGGCGCCGAAUCCCUCGGCCAUCGCUGCGCCAGGGGACGGAUCCGUGCUCUCUCCCCUGCUGCUGCCAAACUCCUCCCACCGGCCGUGACUACGUGCGCGGGCGUCAGGGAGGUUCAUACCACGGACAUGGCUCCCGUGCAGUGCGCCUCUGCUCUUCAAAGUUGUGGAGACGCGCAUGACAGCUCUGUCUCCCUUUUGCAGUGCACACAGCUCCUUUAUCCUCCCCCUCUCCCCUUCCCCGAUGUUCCACUAGCGACACCCGUCGAGAGAAGACGACCAUCAAAAACAAAGGAGUUGGCUGUGAUGCGGACGACGACGCAUCCCGGCACGGUUCUGCUUGGCACGCGAUGGGUUUGGGCACGUGGACGAGAUUUUGUUUACAAAAGCAGUUCAUCUCAAGUUGUGUUGCGGCUCAUUUUACUCGACCAUGCGGUUCGCUAUUCUUGA